GGGGCAUUCCCUAUGCGACUAGUUUAUCCGCCGGUGCCUAGUAACGGCACUGUAACUUACCCGGGUGUGAACCAGCUUGCUUGGAACUUGCACCUGCGUCAGGUGGCGUUAAAUUUGAUGACGCUACAAAGGCUGCAAGCGACAAGCAGCACGGAACCGAACUGCAGUACCACCUCGAGCACAAGCAAACAAAACUAUCAAAGCAUCAAUAAUUUGGAAUAUACAGAGCAAAAUUUGCAAGAAUGCGCAAAAUGCAACAAAUGUUUUAACAGCCCGUUAUCACUAGAGCAACACCUACGCGAACAACAUAAUCAGUUCUCGUCAACAAAUGGUUUGGAGAAGCAGUUCGAGUGUAAGCAAUGCGGUAAAACGUUUAAACGAUCAUCGACACUCAGCACACACCUGCUCAUCCACAGCGACACAAGGCCUUAUCCGUGCGAUUACUGCGGCAAGCGAUUUCAUCAGAAAUCCGAUAUGAAGAAGCACACCUACAUUCAUACUGGUGAGAAGCCUCACAAGUGUACGGUAUGUGGUAAAGCUUUUUCGCAGUCAUCCAAUCUGAUUACGCACACCCGAAAGCAUACUGGCUAUAAGCCGUUUGCAUGUGACAUCUGCGGCAGGACAUUUCAGCGGAAGGUGGAUCGUCGUAGACAUCGCGAAAGCCAUCAUGCGGACGAAACUCGGGGUCAUCGAGGUUUGUUACUUUCUUUGUUAAGCAUUUUUGGAUUAUUUUCGUAA